AGCAAUCAAUUAACAAUGGCUUCCUCCUCAUUUCAUUGCCUUCUCUUUUGCUCAUUACUCUUCCACUUGAUCUUCGUCCCGUCACUAGCCAAAUCGGCAUCUUUCAGACCAAAAGCCCUUCUCCUUCCAGUAACAAAAGACUCCUCCACCCUCCAAUACCUCACCACUUUGAGCCAAAGAUCCCCUCUUGUCCCCAUAAAACUCACAGUACAUCUUGGAGGUCAGUUCCUUUGGGUUGAAUGUGAAGAUUAUAUCUCAUCCACCUACAAGCCUGCCCGUUGCAACUCCGCUCAAUGCUCACUCGCAAACUCCAAGUCUUGUACUACAGAAUGCUACUCUCCCCCAUCUCCAGGCUGCAACAACAACACAUGUGGUCUCUUACUGGACAACCCCAUCAACCCCACCGCCGGGGGCGGUGACCUUGGUCAAGACAUGGUGUCCAUCCAAUCCACAGAUGGGUCCAAUCCUGGUAGGCUGGUCUCUGUCCCCAACCUACUCUUCACUUGUGGUUAUGCAUUUUUGUUGGAAGGUCUAGCCAGUGGUGUCAAGGGCAUGGCUGGCCUCGGCCGGGCUAAAAUUGGGCUUCCUUCCCAAUUCGCUUCCGCCUUUAGCUUCCGCCGAAAAUUCGCAAUUUGUUUGAGCUCUUCAACGAGUUCUAAAGGUGUUGUAAUCUUCGGGGAUGGGCCUUAUAAUCUGCUUCCCAAUAUUGACGUGUCCAAGUCACUUAUUUUCACCCCACUGAUCCUCAACCUUGUCAGCACAGCAGGUGCUUAUUUCACAGGCGAGCCUUCUUCAGACUACUUCAUCAAGGUGAAGUCAAUUAAGAUCAACGAAAAGGUUGUUACAUUGAAUACUUCAUUGCUGGCUAUUGACAAUGAAGGGUAUGGUGGCACGAAGCUCAGCACUGUGAAUCCUUACACGGUUUUGGAGACAUCAAUCUACAAUGCCGUGGUCAAUGCAUUUGUGAAAGAGGUUGCAAACAUCCCAAGAGUGAAAGCAGUAGCGCCUUUCGGAGCAUGCUUCAAUUCGAAGAACAUUGGUAGUACGAGGGUUGGGCCUGCUGUGCCUCAAAUUGAUCUCGUGUUGCAAAGCGAGGGUGUGUACUGGAGGAUAUUUGGAGCAAAUUCAAUGGUGCAGGUAAGCGACCAUGUGUUGUGUUUAGGUUUUGUGGAUGGAGGUGAAAGGCCAAGGACUUCUAUUGUGAUUGGUGGGCACCAACUGGAGGAUAAUUUGGUGCAGAUUGAUUUGGCUGCUUCUAAGCUUGGGUUUAGUUCCUCGCUCUUGUUCAGUCGGACAACUUGUGCAAACUUCAACUUCACUUCUAAUGCUUAAGAAGUUAGAGGACCUUAUGAUUCAACUGUUAUUUGUAAUUUUUUUCAUUUUGGUAAUUACAUUAUGAAUAAUGGUCAGGAUGAUUACGAUUUAUGCAACGCUUACACUUUGUUAAUCUUUUUUCUAAAUACCUCAGCUUUUAUUAGUUGUAUACAAUGUUGGAGAAUAAGAUUUCCAAAUUUACA